AAACAUCAUCAGAAAGAAGAAAAGAUUUCAAUCAUCAAAAAGUUUGUUUUCUACAUUCCUCCGCAGAGGAAGAAACUCCGGUUCGGAAUUUGUGCGUCGUGCGUGCGUGAAAUCGUGCCUAGUCCUCCGGGAGUGUGUGAAUAGUGUGUUGCACAAACCCGGAACUAAUCCAUCAAGAGUGUAGUGCUUCGGACCAACCCCAGAUACCAUCAUCCGGUUCUUCAGUGAAAAAGGUGUCGGAAAACAUAGAAUCAGGGUCUUGCCUCGUCGCAAAUGAAACGAAAAAAUAUUUCAUCGAUGUAGUUUAAAACAAGAGAAGUGCUAAAAGCGUGAAAUGAUCGCAACAAAUACAUGUAAAAUAUAUGACUCAGUGCUUUCAAUUUGGAAGAAUAAUCGUUCGGUGCCAAGCAAAAGUAAACGUCGCGAGUGAGCAAGCAAUCAAGAAUCUCAAUGCAGCAUAAAUUGCGUCAACGAAGCCAAAAGAUGCGUGUGAUCAAGCUAAGCGUCUAGCGAAUAACUAAAAGCAAACAUUGCUUUCCGAGAAUCCCGAAUCAGUGAAAAAGAAGAGCAAGCAAAAGAACAGAAAGGCGAUCAAAACCAAAAGAAAAGUUAAGUCCGCUGUAACUAGUCGACCAGCAGCAGAUUACUUAAGCCCCCGACCGGGUGCUUUGACUCGAGUCGACUCGAGCGACAACGGCAACAACAAUGCCACGCAACGGUGAAGCUUCCGGCUUGGAUAAGGGUUUCAGCAGUAAACCAACGCCGGACUGGCUGCAUCCGGAUCAUGUUAUUAUGAACGAAGGUGUCACGUUCGAUGUGCGGUACAUAGGGUGCUUAGAGAUCAAAGCUUCGAUGAAAACAUUAGAUUUCGCCACAAGGUCACAAGUAGCAAAAGAAUGCAUCAACCGAGUAUGUGAAGCGGCUAGUUUAAAAUCAUCAAAGAAACGGCGAGUAGACAAACGGGUACUGCAGUGCAUAUCGGACUCACCGGACAUGGAACAUGCCGGCACUAACGUAACACUGACCGUGUCUAGCAAAUACCUCUCACUGGUUAGUGUGGACACGGGGGAUGUAAUCGCCCAGCACGAUAUGCCCCGGAUAUCAUUUGCGUCCGGUGGCGAUACGGACACGCUGGAUUUUGUAGCAUACGUAGCGAAGGAUAUGGAAGAGUGGCGAGCGUGUUAUGUGCUGGAAUGUGGCGGUGGAGUUGCGCAGGACCUAAUAGCCACCAUUGGGCAGGCUUUCGAACUGCGAUACAAAGAGUUUUUCAACAAACCGGAAACGCAGAACAAAUUCCGAGAGUUUGUCAAAACUGACAAGGAAUACUACAACGAUCUGCCGGACAAGAUGCCGCCAGAUUUGCUAACCGAGAACGAUCAUUCCUCGCAGUCGCACAGUUCUUCCAGUGUGAGAACCCGGGAAAGGAUAUCCAGUAACUUAAUAGAUCUGAACACACCUCUUCCAAAUCACGAUUACGUAAACGAUAAACAUUCUAAUACCAAUUCGCACAGCAAUAAGUCGGUAUCUUCCAGUUCUAUUGUGAAGGAUGUUUUUGAUAUGCAACCAUUUACAAUCUCGUCAGAAAUCCAGAAAUCUCAGCUGUUAACCGAAUCGUGGUACCACGGCAAUAUUAGUCGAGCACAGAGCGAGCACCUCCUGAAGAACGAUGGGGACUUUUUGGUGCGGGAAUCGGCAGGCACGCCAGGGCAGUACGUGCUGACGGGAAUGCAGAACAGUUUACCGAAGCACCUGUUGCUUAUCGAUCCGGAGGGAAUAGUACGAACCAAAGACCGAAUCUUCGAAAGCAUAAGCCAUCUGAUCAACUACCACUGGACGAACUCGUUGCCAAUCAUUUCCGCCGAAAGUGCACUGCUCCUGAGGCACCCCAUUCUGCGGACGACGGACCUCCUGUCGAAGGCGAAACAACAACAGCAAGCUCAACAGCAGCAACACCUGGGGCUUAACUGAGGGUGCGAGUGCCAGUGUUGCUCUCACGGUGGUCAAUCGCCGGAGCGCAGCGCGCUAAUGGAUCAACAUCAGCAGCUGGGCUGCUGCAGUAGCAGUAGCGGCGGCAGUUACAAGAAAGGGAAAAAGUAAUCCGUUUCGCCGGUAGCAGGCGACAGAUGAUGUAAAAAGCAAACACAAAGAACUGUAAAACGGUAAAACUAUAGAUCCUAUAUUUUCUUUUUACUUAUACUACUAUUUUAUCGAUCAAACGAAACAAGGGAAGAAGGGGGGGAAACUUCUAAAGUAAAGUAAUUUCGAAAUGGAUAACUUGAGUGGCAUGUAAAUCUAGUGAAGUGAGAAGGGCGAUCGACAUUUGGCAUGAAACGUGAAAUACCAAAAGAUUCUAUAAAUUACAAGCAAACAAAUAUAUUCUACCACAAGCAGGUACUUGAAAUCAGAAAAUUAUAAAUCACUAGAAGUUAGUAGAUUUCUUCUAAAACGAAAGAACAAACAUACAAUUACUAUUGCCGGAGGUAGAUGAAGAGAACAAACGACAUAUAUUAAAUUAUAUAUUGUUAUCAAUUACAGAACUGUUGGUUGAAGUAAUCACAGAAAAAAACUAGGAAACAUAACAAUUCCAACUGGGAAACAGUAUUUAUUUUUUGAUCUGAUUUUUCUACCUAAAUAUAAAAAUGUUUUCUUUACUUAGCAGCAUGCAUUUUAAGCAAUGUCAAAAACACAAAAAGGUGAUCCCGAUUAGUAUAAAAUCGUUUGUCGUGAAAUUAUUUAACAAUUUAGUCUAUAAUUCAAAACAAAAUAGAAUUUAAAGCUUUAUAACAGAACAUUUUAGUUUAUCUCUACUCUGUCCAUAAAUUCAUAACAGUCCUAUGUAGAUAGAAAAUCAAGCAAACAUGGGACUGCUGUGAAUUUAUGGGCAGUACUUGUCUUGUUAAAUCCAAUGGUUAGUUGUCCUGGCAUAUUUGUAUUAUGUGUAUUAGGGGUAAUGACUGCUUCAAUCAUGGAAACAUUUACGUUGAAAAAGUGAAGAACAAACUGUAACUGACAUACCAGGUCUCUUGAGUAAUUUCUUAUCCGUUGUCUAAUUCUAGAUGAUAAACCUACUGGCGGUAAGCCUUCUGGUCAAAGACAAUGUUUCCUUCCUCAUAAAACUUUAAUCCGCAAUUCCUCCAUUCCGUUUUACAAUAUCCGGGACUCUGUAAUUACAGUCUGUUUUUGAAUUUUAAACUAGUUUUAGAUUAUCGAAACUUGUUUUGUUUUUUCUUCAAGUUCGCGUUCUUCAAGAAACCCUGAGAAUUUCUGCAGCCCUACAAAAUUUAAAAUUAUCAGGACUUCAUUUGAAAAUUCUUGAAAAAAAUGGUUGUUCUGCUUGGAUUUGUGUAAUUCUGUUUCAGAUUUUUUCUGACGAUUUAUGCUUUUACGUUAGUCUGUGCUUAAUUGCUCCUUUCCUUGGGUCUGAUAAUAAAGCCGUCAUGCUAUAGAACAAAAGUAUUUCACUGUAAAAUGAGCAUGCAAUCUGCUGAUGAAAUCCCGAGGUGAGACUGAGUCAGAUUUCUAGCUAUAAAACAUGUAUUUUUGUAAACUACAAUACUAGUCUUUUUUUAUUUCUAUGUGUUCUAUCGAUCGGGUUGUCUAAUCCAAUUCAAAAUAUUUGCGUUUCGAUCUCGAUAUUAUCCCUUAGUAUAUUCUACUGAUGAUAGUAAAUUCAAGUUAAAAAAUCUAAAAAUAAUUGUAGUUGGGGCCCUCCUUAGCUGUGCGGUAAGACGCGCGACUACGAAGCAAGACCAGGGAAUCAAUAUUCGAGCAACGCCUAACAAUAUACCCUUUGUCGUCAACAGAGUUUGUUACUGACAAACGCACCUAGCGACAAACCUUUAUCAGAACCCGAACACAAUCAUUUGCCUUGCAUGCUCUGAUAUUUCCGAGAAUACGAUGCUAAUUUUGUAAUUAUUGUUCGAUUCUCGAAUAUUUCCAUAAAAGCAGAAACUAUGAUAACAUAAAACCGAAAUUUGCUCAAGAAAUAAUGCAAAAUAACGAGAUGAAAAGUUAGCAUCAAGAUUGGCUUUUUUUUUGUUGCUGACAAAAUUCUUCGAAUCUUUGUCAUUAUUCUCUCCGACAAAAACAAAGCUUUGUCGUUGGUUCUCUUUUGUUGCUCGUUUCGCAAGCGCAUUUCAGAAAAAUUGAUUCCCUGAGCAGGGCCAUGCUGAGGGUGGCUGGGUUCGAUUCCUGGCGCUGGUCUAGACAAUUUUCGGUUUGGAAAUUGUCUCGACUUCCCUGGGCAUAAAAGUAUCAUCGUGUUAGCCUCAUGAUAUACGAAUGCAAAAAUGGUAACUUGGCUUAGAAACCUCGAAGUUAAUAAUUGUGGAAGUGCUUAAUGAACGCUAAGCUGCGAGGCGGCUCUGUCCCAGUGUGGGAUGUAAUGCCAAUAAGAAGAAGAAGAAUUGUAGUAAUCUGAGAUCAGGUCACCAUAAACGUCAACUAGGGUUCAGUAAAGCAUAAACCUGUCUCAGUGUCACAAAAAAUGUCAGGUAUGGGCUUCAGAACCGAGUAUUAUAAAUGUAAAAUAAUUUCACGACAUACAGAAUUUUCAAACGGGUUCCUACUCUGGAGACAGGAGAGCUGACGGCUUCGGCAGUUUUUAAUAUAUUUCUAAUAAUUACCUAAUUUGUUUACAUGUCUUGCGCCUUGAAUUGUCUUCAAAAUUAUUUGAAUAAUGAACUAUUUAAUUGUCAUGCUUGAAACAACUUGAUCGAUAAAUAUGAUAACAGAAUGAAAAACUGCCUUAGUCGCCAGUUUCAGAUAUAUGUAACUACAAACUAAAAAUAAGAAAUUCUAACAAACCCAGAAAUACCUUCUCAAAUUCCAUAACCUUACGAAACAAUAAAUAACAAAAACAAAAAGUACAUACAGCUAUUCUCCAACACGGGUGAGGUUGCAUUUUUUUUUUACUUUUGCACAAACUCUUUUGCUGUAACGUGUGCACCGGAAGUUGUGCGAAGGGAAUAGUAGUCAUGAUUAAACUUGUGACCGUGUGAUUUCUGGUUGAAUGCUGCACAUAAUGUGACCAUCGAGAACAAAAAUGUAGGCAAAAGAAUGAUUGAAAUACUCAGAAAGUGCGAAUUGUGUGUCUGAUAUGAGGGAUGAAAUUUAUUUAUUCGUACUGAUAAAACUUGUAUAGCAAAACGAGAACGAUGAAACUAACGAACAAAACAAAAGAAGCAGUUAUCAAUUUAAAAUUCAACCAGUAAACAUAUUCGUUAUCAUUACCACGUAUUAUUUGAUAAAAGAACGAAAUAAUGAAAAUCUUGCACAUUAUCAGUUGUAAUGGCAUGAUGCAAAACCUAAAUAAGAUGCAACAUUUAUCAAGUUACUAUAUGAAACAGGAGAGCAAACAAAUGCUUGGAAUAAAUAUUUAAAAUACAGUUUAACUUCUUUUUGCUUGA